UAAUAAAAUAGUAGUACCUAAAACAACUGCGCCUUGCUCUGAGGGAUAGCGGCGCUGUUUGUCUGGUGCAGAGCCGCUGGGACAUGGAGGCUCAGUUUGAUGUACUGCUGAAUCGCAGCAUUCCAGAGAAGAGAAGUAUUGCUGCACAGCAUGCAGCCAAAAGUCAUAUUUCUCCAUCGCACACUGGCCGUCAUGGAUUGAAUGCAAGUGCACAGAAGCAGCAGAUCAUUGUACCCUCUUGCAGUACUGGUAGCUUCAAGGCAUCCGAUAGUUCCAGUACCGUCAAGAAAAAUCUUGCACCCAUUGCUGUUGUGCUCUCGAAAGACCAGCGAGUAUCUACCAAAUCAAAACUUUUACUCUCACCACCACUCCUUUUUCUCUCCAAUGGCAAAAAUAAGAAAGGAAACACCAGCAGCAAUGCAAAAAGCAAGACACAACAUGCACAAAGACCACCAAAUCUGUAUGCUAAAACGACAACCACACAUUUUGGUAAGAAAGAAGCUCGAAGAGGUGACAGAGACAGCAGUGUUGAAGCUGAAGACAGCUUGGGCACUCUGUUGAGUAAGCAUUUUGAGACAGACACUAGUGAAGAUAACGUUCGUUCUCCAAACUCUGUGAUUGCAAAUAGACGGAUUUUACAUGAGAAAGCACGUAUACGUCACAUUUGCAGUGUGUGCAAUAGAGAGUGCCCCAGCAAGCACAAACUAAGAAGACACCUAUCUACCCAUACCGAGGACAGGCCAUUCGCAUGUGAAGCUUGUGGAAAAUCCUUCAAAUGGAUAGGAUACUUACAAAAGCAUGUCAGGCAACAACAUUCCAACUGCAUUGAUUUGUCUCCAACUAGCCCAUUGAUGACGCCAUCUUCUGCACAGUCUCAUGUGACCCCCGAUACACCAAUAUUCUCUGCUUCCCCCUCCCCCCCUCAUAUCUUUAUUCACCAAAAGCGUCAUAAAAAACGCAAAUCAAAAACAAAACAAAGUAAAUCUUCUCGGAACAGAUUGUUUAGUGAAGCGUUGAUAGCAAGUUGCUCUAGUUACCCUCGACAUCGGAAAAAGACUAAAUCUUUAUCAGUGGAAGUUACAAGCUCAGUGUUGUAUGAGUCUGAGUCUUCACAACACAGUAAGAAGAAUGGAACAGUAGACUCACUUAUUGUCUCAAUUCCAAGAUUUCCUAAGGCCAGCAGUGUUGGGGUUGAUAUGGAGAGUGAAGAAUCGCCACUAGAAAAGGAUGCAAUUGAUUUAACAAUGGACACCAUCAACGUAUCCUCUAGAAUAGGGCAAAAUGAACUGGCUCCAAAUUUUUCGAAUGCAGUGAAUGCAAUAAUGGCUGAACCAGUACCUUCGAAUUUCAUUCAAGGGAACAGAACUGCAAGCAUGAAUUCAUCUUCUGGAAUGGGUGCAGGAUUUAGUAAAGAUUAUCUGUACAGUUUCCCCUUAAACUCCACAUCCAACAACAACUCCGAUUCACUUUUGGUUCAAGACUACGGCCACAGUCAGUUACUAAACCCAGGCACUCAGAAUUCCUACUCUCCUGGACUGUUGCAGCAGCCUAAUUUAUCCACUCAAUCUGAAUCUACUCCAAUUGACAUGUCCACUUCUGUUCAACCAAAGGUCUCAAUGGAUUAUUCUUUGCAGCAGGAGGCUCAAUCCAACACAGAUUCUGCUCAAAGCCGACUUUCCCUUUCCAAUUCCUCCAUGCAACCUCCUGACCUAAUUGCAAUGUCAUCUCAAUUCGAUCAGAUCGGCUCAGAUCUGCAAUUUGAACAGCAGCUAAACGACAUGAUGGAUUUCAACUAUUCCGAUCCGCUACAAAAUCAAUACUCAAUGUACAACAAUCAAGUUUUCGAUGGUGAUGCCUUACCGGUAUUGGAUGACAUCGGAAUGCCUGGAUUAGAUUACAUACCAUCGUCUGGACUAGGUGCUCUUGAUAAUUUCAUGGCAUCACCGUCAUAUUUAGACAUGCAGCAAGCUCGACAUCUUUUGUACGAGAACUCUCAACAAAUGCAACGAAUUUUAAGGAGCUAUCAAUCCCUCCAAAACACGUUACUGCGGGUGACGGCAGGAAAUAUCUUAUCAUCUGGAUCUAGUUUCAAUGGACUUUUAGACGACCAGGGAUUGGUAAACAAUCCACUCCAGCAGCCUAAUCUGAAUUCUGUGCCGAUAAACCAACAAAAUCAACAACUGCUCAUGAAUAACAUUCAGCAGCAAACUCUUGUUGAUCAAGUGCCUCAAUCAGGUAGUCAGAUAACUAAAUUACAAAGUAACAUGAAUCAACCUCAAGUUCAAAUGCAGGAUUAUUUAUCUCAACCUCCAAUAAAUCGAUCUUCCAAUCAAAUAAUCCAGGAUCAGGCCAAUCAACUACCAAAUCAGCAACAGCUUCAACUAAAUCAAUCGCAAGAAACAGAUAGUACUGCGCCAUUGCUGCAGAAUCUAAUUUCCCAUUCUCACACCAAUCAAAUGCAGCCACAAAACGUAAUAACACACCAUUCUACACAGCAAAAAGAUGACUUGCUUCAAGAGCUACAGAGUAUGACGACAACAACAAGCCAAUCACCCAUCAAAACAACAGCAAUGGACAUUUUCGAUAACCCCACUUGCGAACCAGAUGACCUAUUAACUCCUAUCAUCAGAGAAGAUUAUCAAGAAAUAGACUAUUCCCCGUCACAAACCACUUGUGAACUAGAUGACCUAUUAACUCCUACCAUCAGAGAAGAAAUAGACUAUUCCCCAUCGUCAGUUGAGAUAUUUGCUCGAUUAGACAAUGAUUCCAAUUUCGAUGUUGGUAUACAGUGUGAGCUAGGUCCGGAAACACUUGUAGCUCUUAUCGAAGAAGAAGCGCAAGAAGAAUACUUGGAACCAAAUGCGGAUCCUCCAUCUACUUUGUCGUCAAAUGUUCUGGCCAAUUUACUUGUGAAUGGCCCAUCUACUUUGCUUGCAAAAAGUUCACCAAGUUUACUUCCAAAAAGUUCGGCUCUUCCCGUUGCAAGUGCCCCCCCUGUCUUACUUUCAAGAGUACCGCCUACCUUACAAACAAUUUCUACAACUGACAUGCUUGCAACUUUGCAAACUCUCCCUGUUAUGAGUUCUGGCGCUAAGAAACCCACCAUUUUUCUAACCAAUGCACAAAUUUUAAGCAGUCCAGUAUUCACACGAUCCACAGGAACUGAGACUUCGAAAGUCGAUCGUAUGGUUAACAAAUAUCGCUGUGAAAUAGAGGGCUGUACGAAAGCGUAUCUACACCGGAAAGACCUCACCCGACAUAUGAAGAUUCGACACGGUGCGUAUGUGCAACCGAAAAUGCUGAAACCAAUUGCUGUGGAAACAGCGGAGAAACCAUAUAUAUGCCCUAUAGUGUCUUGUGGACGAUCAUAUCAUCACAUGAGGGAUUUACGCCGACAUCAGCGAAACUGUCACAGUGAGAACUCUAAAACAGAAGAUAGUAAUGGUAUCAGAUUGGAUCAUACGAAAGAGUACAGCUUGUACGGUAAAAUUCAGCUUCGUUUUCCUUGCGACUUUCCUGGGUGCGUUCGUUCCUAUGUGCAUAAGAAAGAUCUGAUUCGUCACAAGAGACUGUACCAUAAGGACUUGUCCUGUAAACCGAGUGUUCCUAUUCGCCUACCUUAUUCUGACACAGAUUUACGACAAAUGAAAAAAACACGACAAAAUACUAUCGGUUCUUCUUGCAACUCUUUUUCGAGUACUAGCACUGAUACCACUGGUGUUCUGAGUCCAGAUGUCCUUAUGUCUACUCUCAAUAGCGACGUUUUUCUUAGUCUCGGUGUAGUACCACCUCUGAUCGAACAGAGCGGGGACACACACGAUUUUACUGGGAACUCAAACACUGCACAACUUCUAACACUCAUUCAGAAUCUGACAUCAUCGAAUGCUCAGCAAGUUGAAGAAGUGCCCUACCCUAAGCUAUCGGCACCUAUUACUGUACCAAAUGUGACUGGCUGUUUUCUCAACGAGCCAAUAUCCUCAAGCAAGCCCCAAGGGGGUUCUUCCUGUGAAACACUGAAGUAUGUGUUGUCGAAGCCCAAUAAAGCUUCCACCACCCAAUCAGAGAUUGUGCAGGCUCAAAAAGCAAAUGAAACGUUUUUCGAAUCGCCAACCAGUGACAUCAGUUCUAUUCUUGACUUCUCUGCAAAAGAUCUUGUGGACUCUUUGAAGCCACAAACACUGAAAGUAGGAGAAACUAAACGAUCACCCGACACCUUAGCUAACCUUGCAGUAGAAGCUCUUUCUAGGUCUGCAAGUGAGCUCUCCUGUAUGCUGGUGACGACCGUCCCCAGUCCUACUCCCUCCAGUGCUAGCCUCAUUACAACUCCCGAAUUCAGCAUGCAAUCAAUGCCGACUAUUGAAAAUAUGAUUGAUCCCGAAUUUGAAAUUACAACCCCAGAAUCCAGCAUGCAAUCAUCAAUGCCAAAUAUGAUUGACCCCGAAUUUGAUGCUUUAUCAAGCCCGUUUGAACGAUUUUCACCCGCGGCCGAUGUCCAGCUCGACGAUGGGAAAACAUUGGUAGAUCUAGAUGCAGUACUGGAAAUUGGACUGGCAAACAAAGCAUUUGCUGAACUUUCCAAGAACUUGCCCUCAACUGAUUCAGAGUGUUCUAUUCUCAUUGCCUAA